AGUGAGCAGCACUUAAAAAUUCUUCGUGUCGGUCACACGUCUGGUCUGUUUGAUCAACCACGGGGGCCAAUCUCACCAUAAACUCCACUCCACGCCUGCGUGCGCCUGUGGAAGGCCACAACUACAUGUGGGUCCACCUGAGGUCAUUGUCGCUGACAGCAGCCAUAAAAACUAAGCUUUAAGGCACAGGCCCACCAACUGUCGGCACUUUCUUAACAUCAAUAGCGAAGGAGAGCACCUUGUCUGAUGUUUAAAUUACGCGAUGCGCAUUUAUUUAUAAAUGAUGGUGUCACAAGUUCUUAUGACGUAGAGAUCGGCGGGGACGAUGCGGCAAUGCUUUGUAACCCAAGCUUUACUCCAACUUGUAUCCUCUUCUUCUCUCCUUGAUGCGAUAGUGAUAACACACAAGAGGCCAGCACAUUUACCUAUAUAUUAUCAUGUUGACACUGUCAGCUCUCCACAUGGGGAGACCAAGACACCAAUGUGCGACGCGUGAAACGGGUGUUUCUUACGUCUUACAAUAGUCACAGCGGUGUUGACAACCGGGCAAAAGAUCAACAAGCGAACUUCAUGCGUGCAGUUUCAACAUAAAAGGUUGGAGUUUCAAUUUCUUAGUAUUAAUGUUCAGCCAGUCUGUACUUGGUGAGCUGAACACUGACACCGGCUUCUUUCUUAUUCUAUAUAUCUAAGGAGGAAAAGUUCAACCAAGGGACAAGACAGACACCGAGGAGUUACUCAUGUAGCAGAUGUGCAUUUUUGGAAAAUAUGGCUUAUAUAAGCGCCGCGCUAACUUGAAACAGUCUGUGUUUCUUUUAACGAGAUACGAACAAGGACACCAAAAGACAAGUGUGACGCGCCGCAACUUGCGACAGAUGUUGAAUGAAAAAUAACAAAACUAUGCAAGGAUGUCAGGGUUUUGGCAGAAGGCAUCUGAGCGUACCUUAGCGAAGUCGAAGUUUACACUGGUGUUCUCCAGCGAAUGACAGAUAGUUGGACGAUGGUGCCCGUUGGUUUCAUAGUUUUAGUCUUACUCUGCGUGCUUCAGGCUGAGGGACAGAGCUUCCCCAAAGCAUGUACAGCUCUGCGUCCAAUAUAUCUCAUCGGAAAUGCCGUCCCAGAUCGGUACCAGCUUCCACGGGGAGUCAAUCUUAUAUAUGACGAUGAAGGCUACGUCCACGCUUUUUCCUUCUCCAAGCAGGCUCAAACACUUCGAUUCCCAGCAUCAAACAUCCUCACACGCUGUUCGAUAUUUCCCGAAGAAUUCUCCAUACUCGUCACUCUCAAACUCCCCCCAAAUUCAGUGGAAUCCAUUGACAACGAAUACAUUUUUGCACUUAUGCCCGAGCAAAGUCUAGAGGUAAAGCUAGGGCUGAGGCUGUCGAAAGGGAGGAUAAUUUUUGAUUAUACGGAUUAUAAAACAACGCCGGGGACUAAAAGGACGUCAGUGUUCAAAGUGGCUGAUAUAUUCGAUGGCAAAUGGCACACAUUUGUUUUGACAGUGACAGCCAAGAUAGUUGGCUUACGAGUUGAUUGCAAAGAACAGAAAUAUCAGAAAUUAAGGAGGAGUUUUCCGGCGUGGCUGAAUACAACCAACAACAAUGUGCAUAUCGCCAAUGGAAAGACGUUGACGAAUCAAUUCAGUGGUCUUCUAAAGCAACUAAUCCUACUCCCCGGCUCGGACGCAUCCCGUCUUGCUUGUCCGUCACUCACGCCAUCUCUACCAACCAUCAGUCGAGGCUGGGAGAACGAUACGCCACACCCAGGAAAGCCUUCCGAAGUGGAACCAAAAUACAGCGACCUUACCUGCUCUUGGGCCAGUAGUGGUAAGGUUGUCUUUGACAUUGCCACAUCAAGUCUACGGACAUGCGUCGGAGGGAUAUGGCAAAGUGUCACGGAUUUACAAGGUGAAAAACGCCAAAAACGUCUUGAUUACUUAGAACAGUACCAAAAUAUCAUCACGACUACGCCGGCCAUAGACGUGGAGGUAUUUCGUAUUCAGGAAGAAGGCUUGUUUAUGGCUAUGGCCAAUUACGACAGUCAGGUGAUGUCCAAACAACCGUCCACUAUUUACAAGUGGACGGACGGAAAGUUCAGCCAAUAUCAGAAUCUCACAACGUUGGGAGCACAAAAUUGGGAGCAUUUUGUUAUAGAUAGGAAGUUUUUCCUUGCAGUCGCCAACUACGGAAUCUCGCGAGACAAGAGUUCAACUUCCGUCAUCUACAAGUGGAGUAAGAGACGAAAGAAGUUUCGGGUGUACCAAGAAAUCGUCACAUACACGGCCAGAGAUUUUGAGUAUUUUAAAAUUGAAGACGAACAUUACCUUGCGGUGGCAAACCAUGCAAAAGGUACAAAGUUACGCAUUGAUUCUGUGAUCUACAAGUAUGACCGCAAGUCGCGGUAUUUCGAACAAAUUCAAACCAUUCCCACCACAGCGGCCUAUGACUGGACGCAUUUUACUGUUGGCGCCUACCAUUUCUUGGUCGUUGCUAACGCAUUCGAUGGGGUUUCCACAAGGAUGGACUCAGCAGUGUAUUUUUGGCAAAAGGGACAGUUCAUAUUUGCUCAAUCCAUUGAGACAACCGGUGCAACGGACUGGGAAGUUAUACGUAUAGGGAGCGACUUAUUUCUAGCUGUGGCAAACGCGUAUAACUACGGCCCGCAAAACCAUCGGAAACUUAACGAAUACACCGUGAACUCUACAAUAUACAAGCUUAAUUUACAACUUAAACAGUUUGAAAAGUUUCAAAAUAUUGAGACAAACAGUAUAGUAGACUGGGAGACAUUCACAGUAGGCAACGACACAUUUCUCAUAGCCUCUAACGCACAGCACGAUAGUGAUACCUCAGCCAGUGUUGUAUACCGGUGGCAAGGAGUGGAGAAGUUUGUUCCUGUGCACCAUCUCACAGACAGCGUGCCUUGUACAGACUGGGAGUCGUUCACGGAAAAGGACGUAACCUACCUUAUCAAUGCCAAUGCUAAAAGUACUUUGUCACAGGUUCUCAAGGUGAAAACGUGGUAGACUCACGUGACGUCACGCUAAAUUUGUUGGUCUAUCUCUGAAUGCUCUGAGAUGUAAUCGUAUCGUGUAAGCUUUAAACUGCAGAUAAGGGCGCUUUUUGGCUUAGUAGUGUGACGUCACGGAUACAUGUAAGGUCUCACAGUCCAAGGUAGCUUAAGCCUAAAUCCUAAUCGGUGUGUGCAUGCUUUUGUCAUAUAUUUUGGCAAGCAAUGUACAGGCCAGCCAAUGAUCGUAUCAGUAUUGAUGAGUUCUGUUCAUCGCAUUCCUGUUUUUCCCUGCUGGAGAACUCGGCUUGGAUGUUCACCCGCAUAACAUUUUAACAUUCAGGAAUUUCUUACAGUGAUUUAUAUUAUAUAGCCACCGUAUUUGUGUUCAAAUAAUGCAACUGGGGAGCUAACUGUCAUUCACUUGUAUUUUGGCGUGAGAACUCCUUUUUAAUACAUAUAGGGCCUACCUCAGAUAGAUAACUUUUAUAAGUGAUAAUCAUCGUCAUAUUUCAUCCAUGUAUUUGAUGAUGGAAUUGAUUAUAUGGUACCAAUUUGGAGAAACCGGGGGAUUAUUUGAUGUUGCUUUCGCGUUUUUCAUUCAGCGCCAUUAAACUACUUUCAUUAAUAAAUCACAUUUGUUAACUCUGGAAAUAAUUAUUUUCCUUACGGUAAAUACUAAGGGCGCACUAUAAAGAGUAUCAGUGCUCACAGCAGAUGAACAUUGUAUUCAUUUCCUCUUGUUCUUUUUCUAUUUUUUACCUUUAUUUAUGUAACUUACACAAAGCUGCAACUAACACUUAUGAUACGGAACUGUUACAGAUACUGGGGUAUGAGUGGGUUGGUUGUAAUUGCACCGUGUAAAUAAUGCCUAUAUUCAAAUGGCAAUAUGUUUAUUAUGAUAAUUUUAAUUAUUUGUAAAAUAUUUAAUAGGUAAUUUAUUGGAAUCUUUGUUCUUUUUACUGUAUUAGUGAACAAAUAUAUAUUUAAACAAAUACUGUUGAUUCACGGAUAUUUUUCUUACUGAUCAUUCUGAUUUCCUGCCUUGGUUAAUAUUCGUAUUCAGUCAACAUCGUUUAUAAAUAUGUACGCAAUGCUUUAAAAUUUACCACUACUUCACAUUAAUCGAGGCUGUAUUUAUGUAUUUAUUUGGCAUGGUUUUCAUUAAAAAUGCAAUUGAUGAUUGACAGUGUAUUUCACCACAUGAUGUCACGAAUCAAGCAUGUGAGUAGCUUUCUA